AUGGCGCUUGAUGACUACCAUCGGAAUCAGGACAACGAUGUCCGGCUUGUCGACUUUCUGGAUGACAAGCUGCAGUCUUUCGCCGACUUGGACACGCUAGAUUCGUUGCUGGACAGUGUCAAGGCACAACAAGACCUGCUUAAGCAGCAGCUUCAUGAUGCUCGAAACGACCACAACGUUGCACAGCAAGCCUCCGACAAGCAUGCGACAUCUAUCAAAGAGAAGGCUUCGGCUUUCCAGCGAGACCAGGAUGAUCUUGACCGUCGUCUUCAGGUCGUCACCCAGUCAGAGACCAGUGACGAAGCCUUGCAAAAGUUUGAGACUAGUAUGGAACGUCUGAGGAAGCUCGACUUGGCUUCAGGCUAUACCGAAAUGUUGCAGGAGGUCGAAACUUUGCGUCUUGAAUGCAACGAACAACUGGGCAAGUCGGAUGAAGCUGUCCUGACUGCAUACAAGCGCUUGUCGGCUCUUGCUGCUGGUCUGCAACCCUUGUCUGAAGCAGCGGAGGGAGCUGCACCGCAUCUCAUUGUCCAUGUCAUGAGGACUGCCUAUACUCUUCGUACACAGAUUGAACAGGCUUUCGCCGCCGACUUUGGAAAGACCUUGAACAAGAUGGGCUGGCCAAAGCAGGGUAUCUCGGUACCUCCAGGCUUGCAGCAAGAAUGGAAUACACACAUCGAGAAGCUCAUCGACCUUCAGAAGGCUGAGCUAGUGGCUGCCGAUACUGCAAACAGUUCGAAGACGUCCAAGGACGAACCUGCUGUCUUGCUCCCUCUCGAAGUUAUGGUCCGAUCGCUUGAGCUCCGUUUCAACUAUCACUUCUCUGGCGAUCGUCCAACCAACCGCCUGGACAAGCCCGAGUACUUCCUGAACCAUGUUCUUGAUCUGGUUAACAGCUACUGCGGCUUCUUCCAGACAAAUCUGCAACCGUUGCUCCUGGCUAACUUCCGAGGCUCUGAUCUUGCCAUGAUUCCUGCCUAUAUCGAUGCGAUAUCAGCUCUCAUCACUGCCUUGAUUCCCAUGUUGCAGCGAAAACUUCUCUCAAUACUGCCUCAAGUCUCUGAUCAGCCACAGCUGCUCAGUAACCUGAUGCAUGAAGUCAUGUCCUUUGACACGACUAUUCAAGAAGAAUGGAACUACACACCCUUGUCUCCUGCUACAGUAUGGCGCGGCCUGGCUCAUUUCAUCCUGGAGAAGCAAUCCUACUUCUCGAAAUGGCUGGCUGUGGAGCGUGACUUUGCUCUGGCACGCUACGAGAGCAUCAUCUCUGAUCGCUCGACUGGCGAGCUUGAUUACGACUCGGUAUCUGCAGAUAGUACCAAGCCAACCAAGGCGGCUGUUCGCGUCAAUGAUUUGCUUGAAACUGUUACCGAGCGUUACAGGUCAUUGUCGUCAUUCAGUCAGAAGAUCCGAUUCUUGAUUGAGAUACAGGUCGAAAUCUUCAACCAGUUCCGCUAUCGUCUUAACAACAGUCUUCAGGCUUUCCUGACACAGACUACAGCUGUCGCUCGUGCUGUUCAUGGUGUCACUCGAGAAGAGCAAGCCGAACUUGCAGGUGCCAAAGGUAUGGACCACCUCUGCCGCGUGUAUGGUUCUGCAGAAUAUUUGGAAAAGGCCAUGCGCGAUUGGAGUGAUGACGUCUUCUUUCUGGAGCUUUGGGAAGAGCUGCAGUACAGGGCCUCCUCUAAGGUCAACAUCAAGGGUGAUCUCAACAUGGCUGAGAUUGCGGCAAAGACCAAUGCCUCAAUUUCCAACGACAGCCAGGAAACUCAAGAGCUUGAGGGAGCCAUCUUCGAAGAGACCGCGGGCAAUUACCGUAGCCUGCGUAUCCGCAGCGAGGAGGUCAUUUGUGACACUCUGAUCUACCACGUUCGCGACGUUUUGAGACCAUACGCUCGCAUCAAUCCCUGGGCUUCUCUCUCAGCCGCAGGUAGUGGCAGUGAGUCCAGUCUGACUGCCGAGCUGGACGCUCCUCUCACCCUCCUGGACACCUAUCUUUCUUUCUUGUCUCGCGCUCUGAGCAAGGCUGCAUUGCGUCGGAUCGUUCGCGUUGUGGGCCACAGUCUCCAGAUCACUCUAUGGGAUAGCGUGCUGCUUCGACACUCUUUCUCGACUGCUGGCGCAUCCCAGUUUGUGUCUGACUUCAGAGGAAUCUGCAGUGUGUUCGACCGUUAUCUCGGUGCCGAUGCUGGCCGAAAUGCCAUGUUGCGUCUUGACAAUGGAUUGACGUUGCUCGAUCUUCCGGUCAGAGGAGAAAUUCCCGUCGAAGUCGAUGCUGAGGGUUCCAGCGAGACUGUUGGAAAAAAGAAAUGGGGACUUUUCGAAGUCGAAAGAAGAGUGUUCAUCGAUAACGAGGCAGCUCGGGAUGUGCUGGAAGAGAUGGGUCUAGAAAUCUUGGCCGAGAGCGACGCGCGCGAGGUCCUCCAGAGACGAGUGGAACUUAGCAGUUAA